UCGAGAAGGAUAUAUAAUCAUAAAUAUCAUGUCUUUCCCAAAUAUGGAAGAGGAAGUGGUUAUUGUUGGGGCUGGUAUCUGCGGCUUGGCGACUGCCGUGGCCUUGAAGAGGGUGGGGAUUAGGGCGGUGGUGCUCGAAACGGCAUCGGACCUUAGGGCCACCGGGGCGGCCAUCUUGCUGUGGUCCAAUGCAUGGCUUGCCCUCGAUGCGCUUGGAGUUACCGAUAAGCUUAAUUUGUUAUAUGCUCCCAUUGAAAGGGGAUUUGUCACCGAUGUCAAGACCAAAUCAACACAGCAAGUGGUCUACGCUUCUAAGGAAAGAGAUGGACCAAGACUAGUACAUAGAAAAAUCCUCUUACAAGUACUGGUUGAUGAACUUCCCCCGGAUACUAUCCGCUUCUCUUCAAAGCUCAAUUCUGUUGAAUCCGUAGUCGAAGAUGGCCAUCGGAUUUCAGUUCUUCGACUUCAAGAUGGAGCCACAAUCAAGGCUAAGGUAGUGAUAGGGUGUGAUGGAGUCCGCUCGGUGAUCGCAAAAAGGUUGAAACUCAGUCCACCGGUUCGCUCAGGCCGAUCUGCAGUUCGUGGGAUUUCAGUGUAUCCGACGGGCCACGGGCUGAGCCCUAAUGUCCAGCAAUUUGUUGAUGUGUCCAAGAGGGCCGCUAUUAUUCCCCUCAAUGACAAAGAAGUCCAUUGGUUUUUGGUUGUUCAAAAGACACCUGAAGACAAGGACAUAGGAAACGAUCCGGAAUCAAUACAGAGAGAAGUAAUGGAGAAUUGGGCGAAGGACUUUCCUCUGUCCUACCUUGACGUUGUCCAGCAAUCAGAUCUAUCAACCAUCUCAUUUGCCUCACUUAUGUUCCGGUACCCUUGGGAUGUUGUUCUUGGAACCCUAAGCACAGAGAACAUAGCAGUAGCUGGUGAUGCUAUGCACCCGACGACCCCUGAACUAGGGCAGGGUGGCUGCAUGGCCCUUGAGGAUGCGGUUGUUCUGGGAAGACACAUAGGGAACUCGCUCGACCCUAAUGGCAAGCUCAGGCCUGGAGACAUAGGUCGUGCCCUAGGGAAGUAUGCAGGAGAGAGGAGGUGGCGGACCGCAUGGAUCAUUGCGGGCUCGUAUCUAUCGGGGUGGGUCCAGCAAGAUGGGUCAGGAUGGUGGAUGAAGUUCCUUAGGGACUUAUUCUAUAAGACCAUCCAAACCAGAGUCAUCAGUUUGGUACACUACGAUUGUGGGAGGUUGCCAAACAGGAUGGGGACAUCUCUAUGAAUGACCCUAUGAAAAUCAGGUGGUAUGGGGCGUACAUAACUAGGCGCACUCACGGAUAGAAAGGAGGGUAAGCUCCGGCCGCGCAUCGAUUCGGGCAAACCUGCGGUCCGUGGACUCACAGUUUAUUCAGAGGGCCAUGGGCUGGCCCUUGAACUCCAGCAAUCUGUUGAUGUCUCCAAAAGGGCCGGUCUUCUACUGUCAACAACAAAAAAUCGACUGAUUCUUCGUUUGCAAAACACCGCGAAGAAAAUUAGAUCUUUCUCCCUUUCAGCAUUCCUAUCACAAGAGUAAUCCAUGAGUCUGGCUACAUUUACUAUAUGCCAAUGGAUGGAAAAGAAAGGGAAUGAACAUAUUGUAUUCUUUCCCUCUAUUUCCUUACUUGUCAUGACUUUACUAAGUUUGAAAGAGCAUUUCACGAUGACGACAUUUUCUCCAUUAACUUGAUGAAAUAGACAUUACUUUC